AUGGCAUCCAUCUUUACGUAUGACCCGGACCCUCCUCGGGUGUCAUCCCCUUGGUCAACCUCGGGGUCCUCGACGCCCCAGAUUACCACCCAAGGCAGCCGUGGCUUGGCUAUUCGCGCCCGCUCAAGCACCACGCUGGACCGUGCGGACCCAGAUGUAUUGUCCGACUAUGGCAUCACCAAACUGGAGCCGGAGCCCCAAGAGGGUCCCACAGAGUACAAACUGCAUAUUUUGCUCCGUCCCCGGCGUCCGUACCUAGCCAUGUCUACUGGGAAUGUAGUUGCUGGGUCGUAUCAUUCGCGGGCCAGCCUGCCGCCGACAUCGAACUCGGCGUCUCCGGGCCAGGAGACGCCCCUAAGGCCCAUGCAGGCAAAGUCCUCGCAGAGCCGCCAGCAACGACUCCAGGGUCUGACAACGCAGCUGUUAUGGCGUCUGCAGCAGUCCUCUCCAUUUCAUUCUUCUACGACCUCCAACCUUGUGGUCCCUGUUCUCCCGGAGGCCACACCGAAAUUGGGCGUGCCGGCGAAGCCAGCUCGUCUCCUUCCGGGUCUCGAGGAAAGCCAGGGAGCGCUAUAUGAGAUUGGGGUUGCCGAUGAUGGCACAUUUGUCGGCCUUACGCAGGAUGAGCUCGACGAGAGCGUGACCAAUCUGCAGGCCAUGGCUGCGAGUCUUGGGUGCCGGGUCGAGAUCCUGCGUCGAGUUAUCGUCGGCCAGUGUGAAUGGGCCGAAGACUCGCCAUUGGCGCCGUCUGACCUGACAAAGAACCGUACGGAGAGUCUCUGGGUCGCAGAGGCUCUGGUCAGUCCCGAUUUGGAUUUCUACAACCUAUCUCCUGUUCAGGCCCGACAAAAACCCGACGGUUCUGCAGUCAUUGAAUCGGGACCUCGGCCUGUUUCGGAAGAGGACUACUCUCACACCGAGCAAAUCCGGGUCUCUAUCGCGGGACCCAGCACCGCAGGAAAGUCUUCACUACUGGGGACUUUGACCUCUUCAUCGCUUGAUAAUGGGAGGGGCAAGAGUCGGCUGAGUCUACUCAAACAUCGCCACGAGAUUUCGUCUGGUAUCACCAGCUCUGUCGCUCAAGAGUUGCUCGGAUAUACUGAGGAUGUGCCGUCCACCGUAGUCAACUAUGCGUCCGGAAACGUCGCCGGGUGGGAUGAUAUUCACGCUGCCUCACUCGGGGGGCGUUUAGCCUUUGUGUCUGAUCUACCAGGCUCUGUUCGAUACCUCAAGUCUACAUUGCGAGGACUUGUCAGCUGGGCACCGCAUUACGUGUUGCUCUGUAUCCCGGCCAAUUGCGGCGAUGAAACACCGGAAAAUGAACCGACGGGAACGGAGCACGCCGAGAUCGAUCUUUGUCUAUCCUAUCUAGAUCUAUGUCUGAAGUUAGAGGUGCCUGUUCUGAUUGUGAUCACCAAGCUAGACAUUGCUUCCCGGGGAGGGCUCCGAGAAAAUCUGGCAAGAGUUCUGUCCGCUCUCAAGGCCGCUGGCCGCAAACCUGCAAUGCUCCCAGCGUCACCUGCAAGCGACAAGACCGUUGAUCUUCAGCAAAUCAAACCCGCAGACACCAAAGACGCCCAGAAGACGAUUCUGGCGGCCGAUGGGAACUGGUCGCACACCGUGCCCAUUGUCCUCGCCAGUGCCGUCGAUGGCACGGGCAUUGGAAAGCUUCAUGCUUUCUUGCGGUAUUUACCCAUACCAAAGCGGCCACCUCAGCGCAUUCUACGCCUACCUAAAACAGAGCCUUCUGCGCCCUGCAUCUCUGCCAACGUUUUCGCCGUGGAUGAAGUUUUCGCGAUCCCCCCUCCAAAGUCUAUUCAAUACCCACGACUAAGGCCGCCCAAAACGAACGUGGUAUGGUACUGUGCGGUCUCCAUUUCAAUUGGCGACGAGAUGGUCAUCGGCCCCAUUCUUGUUGACACCUCAAGCGACUCGGGCAACGAGCCUCCGCCCCCGGGGCCACUAUCCCGGGGUGGACCUGGCCCCACGACCGAGUUUUCGGCAUCCUUCGCUCAGAGCUUAUUGUUUGCCAAGGAUCCAACAUCAGCACAAGCAAGGUGGCAACGUGUGCGCGUUGUCAGCGUGCGUGAUCUACGUCUCCCAGUCCGACGCCUUAUCGAAGACCAAGUCGGGACGAUUGGCAUCGAGCUCAUUUCCUCUGCAGAUGAUGGGCGGUUGCCCCGUCUCGGCCGCAUCCGUAAGGGCAUGGUUCUUUCGGAUUUGCACAAAUUACCGUUCCUCAGCCACCUCGGCACUCAACCUGCUCCACUUCAAUCGUCCGUUCCCUCUUCCACAUUACCCUUGCCGUUUCACACUGGUUUCUGCGCCACAUUCCCCGCCUCUGCCUUCUCUGCCCCACGCUCGCCCCCUCUCCUGCUGGGUGGUAAUGCCAUCGCGUAUAUUGCCAACCUCCGCACCACCGUGCGAGUCGUGUGCAUGGCGCUAGCCGGCGCCGGCGACGAUCGCCCCUCCGACCCGUCCUCCCCCUCAGAACCGGAGUUCUUCAGCUUCGACGGUGACGGCCAGGGUUCGCCAAGUUGGGAGAAGCCGAGCAGCAGCAGUAGUAAUGGUGCGACGACGGGUUCCACAUCUGUGCAUGUAGGUGGUGGUAGUAGCAUUGGCCACGACCAUGGCCACGGGAAUGGCACCGCCAGUCAUGAUGUGACUCGUCGUUCCUCCACCGCAGAUAUCAGCAAGGUCGUCGCUGGCACGGCCUCUUCUACCCCUGCUGCCCUUGGGACCGCUCCAUCCGCCCACCAGCCCCUUAGCGAGGAUGUGAAAAUUAGUUUCACCUUUGUCACCUCCGUCGAGUGGAUCGAGCUCGGCUCCCAGGUCCUCGUUAUGCCCGGGGUCUCCAUGGCGUCUUCGUCUGGCGUUGCGGUGGCCUCGGCCGCGGAGUCUGGGUCUGCGGCUGGGACGGUGCCGAUGUCUGGCCUCGAGGGUUUCGUAGGAACCGUGUGCGAUGUCGUGUCGGGAAAAAUUCCGGGAAUUGAAGUCUAA